AUGUACCGGUACAGCACAGAGGGUACAUACAAUGGGUACGGUGCUAUAGGCUGCCAGCCCAAAUACCCCAUCGCCAUCUUGCUUACUACAGUUACUCCACCACGUAUAUCGACUGCCAAGCCGUACAGCGACGAACAGACUCAGGUGCGGCGAGCGGCUUCAGACCGGCCGGUGCAGUCUUUGGGCGCUGAGUUGGCAGCCCACCGUGUACUCUACGGUAUGCUUCCAUUGGCGCCUGAGAGUCGUGUGAACAAGUAA